CCUGCCCUGCCCUGCCCUGCCCGCCGCGGGGCCCGGAGCCCGGCCACCGCCCGCCUCGCCUCUCCGCCGGCUCGGUGCUCCCCGCGCCCUUCCCGCCGCGGGCCCUGGGGCGAGGCGGCGAUCGCCGCCCCGGGCGCCGGGGGCACGCGCACCGGGGGUACCGGGCCAGGCGGGCUCCGGCGCCGGAGCUGAGGUGGGUGGGGGUACCGGUGCAACCCAAAAACCCCGUUCAGGCGGCGGCGGGGCGGGGCGGGCGCUCCGGGGGCGGGCACAGGAGGCGCGACACUCCCCGCCGCCGGGGCGCCGCCAUCGCCGCACUCGCCCCCCGCGAUCGGUGUCGGCGGCCCGGCCCGGCCCCCCGCCCAGCCGCAGGGCGGAGCGGCCCCGGUGCGCCCCACGUGCCGCCGCCAUGGGCGUGCUGCCGGUGCCGGCGGAGGUGCGCGCCAUCCUGCUGGACAUCGAGGGCACCACCACCCCCAUCGCCUUCGUCCAGGAGACCUUGUUCCCUUACAUCAAAGACAAUGUGAAGGAGUAUCUGCACGCUCACUGGGAGGAGGAGGAGUGCCAGCGAGACAUCGGGCUUCUGAGGAAACAGGCUCAGGAGGACUCCAGCUUGGAUGGGGCCGUGCCCAUCCCUUUGGAGAGCGGAAGCGGGGAAGAGGAGCUGGAGCGGGUCAUCCAGGCGGUGGUGGACAAUGUUCACUGGCAGAUGUCUCUGGACAGGAAGACCACAGCACUGAAGCAGCUGCAGGGUCACAUGUGGAGGGCAGCCUACACGACCGGGCAUGUCAAAGGAGAAAUCUUCGAGGACGUGGUUCCAGCCAUCCGGAAGUGGCGGGAAGCGGGGAUGAAGGUCUAUAUCUACUCCUCGGGCAGCAUUGAAGCCCAGAAGCUUCUGUUCGGCUAUUCUACAGAAGGUGAUAUCCUAGAGCUCUUUGACGGCCACUUUGAUACCAAAAUAGGCCCCAAAGUAGAAAGCGAGAGCUACAGAAGGAUUGCUGCCAGUAUUGGGUGCGCCACCAACAACAUCCUGUUCCUGACGGAUGUCCCUCGAGAAGCCAAUGCGGCCGAGGAAGCGGAUACUCACGUGGCUGUGGUGAUCAGACCAGGCAACGCAGGACUGACAGAUGAUGAGAAAUCGUAUUACAGCCUCAUCUCAUCUUUCACUGAACUUUUCCUGCCUACCUCCACUUAGGGAAAGCAGUGCACGCACAAAAGACUAUGCUUCACCUGAAUUGUCCUUGUGUAAUGUUAGGUAAUCUUGUCCAUAAUCAGAAUUUAAAACCAAACCCACAUCAUGUCUUGGACCUACAACUAGUGCAAGCAGGUAUGGAUAGAGAGUAUGGUGUGGGGUCCCUUGUGCAGUAGGAUGGAGGGCUGCAGCAGCCAGCUGGAGCUGGGAACAGGGUGGGGAGAAGCACCUAGGAGCCAGGCUGUUCCUCCCUUUCCCAGCUAGCAGUUAGCUCAGAGGAUGCUUCCUUCAGACUCACCCAUUGCAAUCUGGUGCUGAGACGCCCCACCACGAGCUCCAUCAUUUUUAGAAACAGUCUGCAAACAAGAUGCAUGGCCUUCUGUCCCAGGGGGACCACUGGGGAUAUGAGCAGACAGGGUUGCUGGCUAAGUCAAAACUGUCAGAGUUAGGGGAGUUAGAACGCCCAAAAGAAAAUGCCAAAUGUGGGCUAUAAUACAGUAGGUUUGGGCUGCCACAGCAAAAGCCAGCCCUUGCUGCAGGCAAGCUCUUUAGACCGGGAACAAAUUAAAUCUUGGCUAUAUCCACAGCAGGUCUAGGUACAAAACAAUACAACUUGCACAUGGAAGCUGCUUAGUGCUGCUCAGCCAGCCUACCAGAAUGAAGUAGAGCUUCAUAUUUCAAAGAGAAAUACAGCUUUAAAAACUAAAUUCUAGACCCACCUCACUGCUGCAUCGUGGUGCUGUGCUAUGGGAUCCAACUGGCUGAACACCAAAGUCAGCUUGACCGUGAAGUGUCUCGCUUAGUGCUAACCCAUGGUGCUCCUCAGCAGCCAGCAUCACCCCGUCACACGUUCAUAGCACUAGUCAGCUGUGAGCAAAACUUGACACACAGCUGCUCCUGAGGGGAACAUCCUGCUGUGUUUAAUGAGAAUUAAAACCCCGACCUUUUCACCCACCCUAUCUAAAUUGUGCCAAUUUAUAUCAUCAGAUGGUCAUGGAGCUUUUCCUAAUGUAGUAAAUAAAACCACAACUUUGCUCUCCUUGUGUUCACUCCCUCCCAGUGUUCAGCCUCCCAGUGUUUAGCACCAGUAAUCCCAGCACCUAAAGGCAAAUAUCUUUUUUUAAAACUUGUGAACAAUUUGUUUUCCUGCUUUUGUCCUCCCUGGUCCUUUCUUCAAGGCAGACAUCCCUGUCCUGCCAAGGAAGCUGUGUUGCCUCCCUGACCAUCUUACCAUCUCGGCAGGGGCUCCGGGGAGGGUGCAGGAGCAAGAGCCACAACUAGGUUAUUCCUGGUAAUCAAGGAGGCAGAGACGGUCUGAAACCCCAGUUCCCUGCUGCUGGCACUUUGUGCAUGGCUGUCACUUGCUACUUACUCAUUUCUGUGUGACUGUGCUUGAGCUUGCCCUCGUGGCUGGCUGAAAUGUAAUACCUUUGCCUUCCUGAGCUCUGAUCUACACCUACAGCUGUCCCUGUUGAGGGGGUCUGCUCUGUAGAGAACAAGCAAGAGACGGGCAUUUUGGGAGGAAACCACAUCAUGCCAGCACUGCCCUUCUAAAACUGAUGGUAGCAGGUAAGGCUGUGAGGCAGCUAGUCUGGAUGCGUUUCUGGGCUGUGUAUGAGUGUGAUCCUCCUCCUAGAAAGAGCCUGCUAAUUAGCACUGUUACAAUAAGUGUGUCUGCAUGGCUGAAUAGUCCCUGGCUUCCUUAAGUGUUAAUUUUAAUCAUGACACUGCAACUACCUUUUGUUUUGCCUUUGCCAUCAGAAAGCUAUGCAUGGGGUAGGGGACAAAAAUAAAACUCACUUUCUCCAUAAAAGCACUUUA